UCAAAACCAUUCAAGAUGCACGUUUUCAGCAGCAGGGGGCAGCACUAUAAGAGACGGUCCCCUACCAUUAGGAGGCAAAGAAGAAGUGUAGGUGGGAAAAGCCGUGUUAUUUAUCGCAGGAGACAAGAAAUAGAAACAAAUAUAAUCAUAAUGCUUCCAUUGUCUCUGUUGAAAACGGCCCAGAAUCAUCCCAUGCUGGUUGAGCUUAAAAAUGGGGAAACCUACAACGGCCACCUGGUGAGCUGCGACAACUGGAUGAACAUCAACCUAAGAGAAGUCAUCUGCACAUCCAGGGAUGGAGACAAGUUCUGGAGGAUGCCUGAGUGCUACAUCCGAGGAAGCACGAUCAAGUACCUGCGAAUCCCCGAUGAGAUCAUCGACAUGGUGAAGGAGGAGGUUCUGUCGAAGGGGCGCGGGCGUGGCGGCGCCCAGCAGAACAAGCAGCAGGGCAAAGGAAGAGGAGGACCCGGCCGAGGUGUGUUUGGCAGCCGCGGCAGAGGGAUGUCCGGUCCUGGGCGGGGCCAGCAGCCGCCGACCGAUAAGAAAGCAGGCAAACCUCAGGGAAUGAAGAACCAGCACUGACCCAAGCAGCCCGUUAACUGAGCGGUUCCUGAUACAUUCAACACAAAAGCUGUGCUGAUUGUACAGAUUUGUUUUUUUUAUUUGUCUCCUCAUCUUCAGAAAUUUCUGUCAAUCUGUGGAGGAAUAUCUAUCUGUUGUGUUGUGAACAACUUGGCUCAGAUGUUCUCAUGGUGUAGAAAGUGUCCAGUCUGUACGAAUAUCUUUUUAAAUGUCUUUUUAUUUUCUUUAGUUGUACGUUUGAUAUGAAGACAUCAGGAGAAACGUCAGACUGGGAGCUGAAAGGGUUCAGCUCCUGAUCUUUAGUUAAAAACAUUUUCAAGGUGAUGCAUGAAAAGAUUCUCAUAUUCUUCAUAUGGAAAAGUCCAACAUAUGUUGAGUUUUCUUUUAUUUUUCUAACACACAUUAUUGUAAUUUGUGUACAAAAGACCGUGAGAAUAAAAAAUGUUUUGAAAGCA